AUGGAAUCAUCAGGGCUUCUCAAUGUGGAGGAUCCGAUUCAGAUCUUUGUAUUGCAUACCAUUUUCAUCCCCAGAAUAAGUCAUUGUUUAAAUGAAUUUUCCGAAGCUUUCAACAGCCAUGCAGUAAGUACCGAGGGUAAUUGGACCCCAUCUCAAAUCUGGAUAAAUUGCCUCUCUCCUUCAGAAGAAAAUAACAAUGUCGUUGUUGAGUCAAUUCCUUUAGAUAACAAGGAUAUCUUAGAGUCUUACGUGUUGGAUGUUGUUGACCCUCUAACAAUGUCCACACAAUUGGGUAUUGAUCUUUACACUCAAGCUCUAUACCUAGUCAUGGAAAGAAUGGACCUUUAA